UAGUUUUGCGAAGUUCUGUUAUGGUGAUAGUUGAAAGUUACUUUAUUAAAAUAUAGUUCCAUUUACGAGUUUGUAAGCAAUAGAGCGAGCUCAAGAAAUUCGCGCUGAUAUUUUAGUUGUUAAUUAAUGAUCAACUGUCAGCGAUGAUAUUUCUUACCAGUUAGUGAUUCAUGCUUUUCCUACUCUUGUGUUUGAUUCUAUAUUGGCAGUUUCAAAUAGCAAUUGGUAAUUCUGUGGUAAAUGGCAGAAAGUAAAGUUAUUGUAAAUCCUCCAAGUCCGUCAAGCCCUCCUCCAAAUUGUGCAAUAUGUUUAGGUUCAUGCUCAAAUAAAUGUUUCUCAGAUUCAUGUUCUCAUGAAUUCUGUUUUAAAUGUCUUUUGGAAUGGUCAAAGAUUAAAGCAGAAUGUCCUUUAUGCAAACAGCCCUUUAAAUCAAUAAUUCACAAUGUUAAUUCCACUGGAGAGUUUGAGGAGCAUGUUGUGGAAACAACUCGCAGUGAAGAAAUUCAUCUUAUUGAUAAUGAUGACUUCUUGUUUUUACCUUUACAACAUCUUCCAACACGCCAUGAAUUUCAUGUUAGAACUACAUUUACAGUAGAUUCGCGUGGAGAGCAUGCUAUUCAACAAAUGCUGCUCGCCCAUCCAUUCACAAAUGGAAGAAUUACUGUGGGGACCCAAUAUCCAAGUUCCAGGACCAUUUACCCAAAUAGACACAGACCCAGAGAUUAUUCAUCUACUUUUAGAAGAUCUAUUUAUAGUCAAAACUUAUGGGCAAAUACUCUGCCAGACUUAACUGGUCACUAUAGGGAUGUUUCUCCAACAUUUUUUAGAAACAACCCAGGUAGUAGACAACGCCUCGUUCCCUGGUUAAAUCGAGAGUUAAAUGCACUACUCAAUGAGAAUACCCAAUUAGUAAUGCAUCUUGCUGACCUAAUUAUGGAUCAUUUACUUAGACAUCACAUCUGUAGCCGCACAUUCCGAAAUCUUCUAGGAACAUACUUGGUUACCAAGACUGACCAUUUUGUACAUGAAUUUUACAGCUUUAUGAGGUCACCGUUUGACAUGGUUGGUUAUGAUCGGCGAGUUAUUUAUAGUACCAGACCCCAAUCUCCAGCUCCAUUUCUUGAAGACGAUACAGUAGAAAUUCCCGAUAAUAGCGAUGAUAGCGACGCCAUUUUUGUUGGUACAACUCAGGCUCCUGAGGCUGUCACCAUUAAUUUAGUGGAUAGCGAUUCAGAUUCAGAUGAGCCCAUUAUGAUAACCCCUGUGAAUCAGGUGCCUAUGCCCAUAAUGCCUAAUAAUUCCUUUAAAGACUCGCCUUCGCCUUCGCCCCAUAGAUCAGUAUCAAUAAAUCUGCCAGCAAAAUUGAGACAUAAAAAUAAGACCUUACAAGAUAAAGAAAAAUGGAGAUGUUUAAAGAAAAGACAUCGUUGUCGGUCCCGCUCAUCAAGUUCAAGUGCCAGUAGCUCGGAUGAGAGGGAAAAAUCUGCGUAUCGAAGAUAUAAGCGAAAAAAAUUAUUAAAAAAAAUCAAACUUAAGAAAAGAGGUAAUAUUAAUUCAUCCAGUGAUACGGAAGUGGUAAAUGUUACAAGUGAUACCGAUGACGACAAACCCUUGAUUGAUGUUAUUAAAAAGAAAUGGAAAGUUAGAGAGAGAACAGUGUCUUAUAAGAGUGAAAAGUUAUGUGCCCCAAUAGUGCAAAAUGAUUUUGAACAUUCAUACAAGGCCGAACCAAUGGAUUUGUCCUUUAACAUGCCCGGAUGUUCUAGAUCUUCUGAUUAUCAGCAAGAAAAGGCUAAUGUAGAGUAUUCUUCUUCAAAAAAUAUUAAGAAUUCGCCUGAGUAUCUGGAGGAAAACGCAGCGCCCUUUCAGUGCUAUAGCACUGAGCAAUCCCGAAAAGAAGUGACUAAGGAAACUAAUAGUCAUUCGACGGACUCCGGAAGUAGUACUGAAGAAUGUUCCACAUACCCAGAUUCCAAGAGUGAUCUGAAAGAUAAACAAGAAAGUGCAGGUCCUAGUGCACCAGUACUUCUUAGAAGAAAUCAAAAUAGUUGGUAUCGAGUAGGUGUUACCGAAACCGACUCCUCUGACUAAAAAUUUGUUUUAAGUAAUAUAGGUCAGUCAACUAAAGUGACUCAGGAAAUAUACGGUAAUUCUUAAAAAUACAUUAAAAGUUAUAUAUUGACAUUCAGAGCAUGGAAUGCCAUUGAAUUAACAGUUCAAUAUGUAUAUUGUUUUGGGCUAUUUCAUUGCAACUGUAGUAAUUUGGCAGCAGCUCUAUGUAAUGUUCAAUCAUAAAUUUUCAUUUAUCAACACAUUCGAUAUUUUUAUAACUCCUAAGAUUUAAAUCACCACUUAAAUUUGUACUACUAAUUUUAUAAUGAUCAUGUAUUGCGCUGGAUGUUGAAUAUAAUUUUUUUAAUACAAAUUCAAGGAUUACCUCCUUCAUUUAAAAUGUUUCAAUCAACUAAAAAUGCUUUUUCCUUUCUUCAAAUUACACUACUAGAAAAACACUGUUUAUUUAGUUGAUUAGCCAAACUUAUACAGAAUAUCCCUUAGAAAAGUUGGAGAUACUGAAUUCAAAAUAGGUUGUUUAAAUCGUUAAUAAAUUUUUCACUUUGUGGUUAAUAAAAUUCUGAAAAAAUAACAGUAACACAGAAAGAACCUGUUAAACUUCACCCAAUUGCUUUGCGGAAUCUGAUUUUUCUUUUAUCGAAUGGCAAUUUCCAAAAAUAUCUAUUAUAAUUUGUAACCGCUUGCAAAAAUUCUGUCUGCAGUUUAAGUGAAUUAAAGGAUCUAUUUUGAUAUGAUAUUGUUUCAGUUUUAGGGCACCCUGUACAUUUAGUCAUUUGGAUUUUUUUUUCUGUACAGUUAUUUAUAUUUACUAUAGAUAUAUUAUACAUUUAUGUAAGUUGUAAGAAUUUUAUAUAAUU